GUGGGCUGCCCCACAUCAGCUUUCCUUAUCGAUAAUGCCUCGUCCUGAUUUUCUUGAGCGACGCUGCGCAUCCAUCGCCCGUCUCGUCGCAUUGGAAACUGCCAAUAGUCAAUCCUCGUCGUGACAUUUUCGCAAAGAUGCUGCGCCAAAUAAAACCCCGGAAUGCUCGCUCCAAGCGGGCUCUCGAGAAGCGGGCGCCCAAGGCCGUCGAGAACCCCAAGUCGGCCCUCUUCCUUCGAGGCACUUCUUGCAGCCAGAUCACUCAAGAUGCCCUCGCCGACCUCUAUGCGUUGAGGCAGGACAACGCCAAGCGCUUCCAGAAGAAGAAUCCCAUUCACCCGUUUGAAGAUGCCAGCUCGCUAGCCUUCUUCUCGGAAAAGAACGACUGCAGCCUGCUGCUCUUCGGCAGCAGCAGCAAGAAGCGCCCGCACAGCAUCACCUUCACCCGCACCUUCGACUACAAGAUCCUCGACAUGCUCGAGUUCUACCUCGACGGCGAGACCUUCCGGAGCAUAGCCCAGUUCAAGACCGAGAAGGUGCCCGUAGGCACGCGACCCCUGAUGGUGUUUGCGGGGACAGCCUUCGAAUCCCCCGUCCCCAACGCCUUCACCAUGGCCAAGUCCAUGCUGACCGACUUCUUCCGCGGCGAAGUCUCGGACAAGAUCGACGUCGAAGGGCUGCGGUACUGCGUCGUCGUGACCGCAGACGAGCCCACCGCCGCGGCCGCCACCUCGGACGAAAUCGCCUCCAAGCCCGUCCUCCGGCUGCGCGUGUACACGGUGCGGACGCAGCGGUCGGGCCAGCGGCUGCCGCGGGUGGAGCUGGAGGAGCACGGCCCGCGGAUGGACUUCCGGCUGGGGCGCACCCAAGAGCCCGACGACGCGCUGCUCAAGGAGGCCAUGCGGCGCGCCCGCGCGGGCGAGGAGCGCACCAGGAAGAACGUCUCCACCGACCUCAUGGGCGACAAGAUCGGCCGCAUCCACACCGGCAAGCUCGACCUCAGCGAGCUGCAGACCCGCAAGAUGAAGGGGCUCAAGCGCGAGCGGGACCCCCACCUCAACGAUGACGAGGAGGGGGGCGGGGCCGAUGAGGAGGCGACGGUCGUGGAGGAGGAGCAGCAGCCGAGGCGGAAGAGGAAAGUCGCUGCUUAAAUUUAAGUGAGGGGGGUAGUGUGGUGGUGGUGGUGGCGAUGGAUGUGUCGGUGUGCUUUCUUUUUGCUCCCGGGGGCAGGCAGGCAGGCGUUUCGGGAUGGGGCACUGAUACAAGCAGGUCGGGGAUGGAAAACGGCGUCAUUUAUUGUUUGUGGUUUUUU